AUGCCGCUAAAGCGGUCCAUUCACUCCUCCAACCUGCCUCUCCUCGCUCUAAUUACACGGGAGGAGAGCGCAGGGGCCACCCGGAGAAGCGAGACAGAGAGAGGGACCCGGCCCCCUACCCCAGUCCCCUCCAAGCCAACCGGGGAAACACAGACGACCCGCCAAGCCGGCGCAGCUGCGGGACACGGCCCCCCGCGCCGCUCCAACCAGACCGCGACCGCUAAGCCUAAGCCCCUCCUUCCGAGGAACUCCGGAGCCGCCCCUGGAAGUGGCGGGGCGGAGGCACCCGAGAAGCGACUCUCGGCGGCGAAGGAGCCGAACGGCGCGGGCCGGGAGGCCGGCAUGGAAGGCGCGGCGGGUGACCCGUACCGGCGACCCGCGCGGCGCACCCAGUGGCUGUUGAGCGCCCUGGCGCACCACUACGGGCUGGACCGCGGCGUGGAGAACGAGAUCGUGGUGCUGGCCACCGGCCUGGACCAGUACCUGCAGGAGGUCUUCCACCACCUGGACUGCCGCGGCGCCGGCCGCCUGCCCCGCGCCGACUUCCGCGCGCUCUGCGCCGUGCUGGGGCUGCGCGCCGAGGGGGCCGCCGCCGGGGAGGCCUCCGGGGAUGCGGCCGCCCGAGACGCGAACCCGGGGGAUGCGGCCGCCGGGGACGCGGCCGCCGGGGUGGCCACCGACGGGGACGCAGAUGCCGAAGAGGAGGCGCGCCUGGCGCUGCGCGCGGAGCCGCCCGAGCUCACCUUCCGCCAGUUCCACGCGCGCCUCUGCGGCUACUUCGGCACGCGCGCGGGGCCCCGGCUGCCCCGCGGCGCUCUCAGCGAGCACAUCGAGACGCAGAUCCGCCUGCGCCGCCCGCGCCGCCGCCGCCGCACCCCCAACACGCCGGGCCCGGACGGCGGCCCCGACUGCCCCGACGGCGGCCGGGACGGCGAGCGCCUGGCGCGGUUGGAGGAGGAGAACGGCAGCCUGCGCGAGUUGGUGGAGGACCUGCGGGCCGCGCUGCAGAGUAGUGACGCGCGCUGCCUAGCGCUGCAGGUCGGCCUCUGGAAGAGCCAGGCGGGCGCGCAGGAGGCGGGCGCGCAGGAGGCGGGGCGCGUUGGGCCCGAGGUGGCGGCGCGGGAGCUGCGGCAGGCGCGGGGCGCCCUGGCGGUGGCCGAGGCCCGCGCGGGGCGGCUGCGCCAGGGCCAGGUCGAGGUUCGGCGACGCGCCGAGGAGGCCCGGGAGGCGGUGCUGCGCAGCCUGGGCCGCGUGCGCGAGCUCGAAGCGCUGGCGAGACAGGUGCCUGGCCUGCAGCGCUGGGUGCGGCGGCUGGAGGGCGAGCUGCGGCGCUACAGGUGAGCGGGGGGGUGCGGCCCCGGUGCCCCAAGUCAGCUCCGGGUGUCCCAGACCACGGGCGUGUAUCCUCCCCGCACGCACGCUGGUGCUCGCGUUCCCGUUUGUUCGUUUCGUGUAUCCCUCCGCUCCGUCGGCCGUUCUUCCCUUUCCUCCGACGUUCAUCCACUCCAUCGCUUGCCACCCACCCGACCACUCCUGUGCGUGUUCACCCACAAAGGCCUUCCAUUUGCCCAUGCGUGGGUCGCAACAGGAU